CACCACAACAGUACACGCAGACGCCCACAUAGGUCAGUUUGAGGCCUUAGCGCGGCUGCGGUGUGUAGAUUUUGCCCGCCGCUGAAACCUGCAUGUCUUACGAGGCCGGAUUCAUCAAACCACUUAAGAGACCUGUUGUUGGAAAGUCUUCUGGUAACUCCAUCAUCUAGGAACGUUCUUGAUCUUAAGGCGACUCCAGUGGCAAUGAAAGAAGUGUCGACCAGGCCAGUACUUCAUUCACUGUCAUCGGAGCGGCCUAAACACAAGGAUCAUUCGUAGAGGACAGAUUUACUUAAAGACUUAUACCAACGACCGGUCUUGUAGUGUAGUGGCUUGAUGAAUCCGGCCCCUGGACUUCUUACCUGUCUGCCAUUACUCCGUGGUUACCUAGCCGUGGGUGCGACGUAACUUGCUUCACCAGUACGUCAACGCAUGGAUGGAGAUAAGAUGCGGCAGCUUUAUCGCCCUCACCACGUCAAUGAAGAUAGCCGUGGAGGUGGUGGUGAGCGCGGGGUGAGGGAGGGAAGAACCUAGAUGGCGAAGGCAGACAGUUGGCGAGUCCGGCUGCCUCCUCCUCUUCCUCCACCGCCCCGCCCUCGCAAUGGAAGCCCGCCAUGCCCCCCAGCAAGCCACCGCUACGCCAAAACCUCUCGUCUUCGCCAAGAUGGAGGCACUGGUGAGGGAAAUGCAAGACCCGGAAACUGGUGUUCCAAUCCGAAGCCAGAAGCUAUUCCUCACUUCCAUCCCAUCCGCCUUCAUGGCGUCGCCGUCCCUUGUGGCGGCUGUUGCCACUCCUGCGUGUUUGGUUCGGGGCGACCAGUCUUCUAUGUUUAAGGGAUACGACCUCAUCGAGUGGUUGUUAGAGCGUCUGGAGAUAGAAGACUCAGCAGCUGAGGCCAUACACCUUGCCAACUUGCUUUGUCAGUAUGGCUACUUCUUCCCCGUCGGAGAGUCCCGUUCCCUUAUUGUUAAGGACGACUCCUCUCUUUAUAGAUUUCAGACACCUUACUACUGGCCCUCUCAGAACCACAGUGCUGACACCACUGACUACGCCAUCUACUUGACAAAACGGCUGUCCAGAAAUAAACAAAAACAUGGCCUUGAGGACUACGAGUUGGAGGCGUACAACAAACUCAAGAAGGCGCUUGCCCACAAAUGGGACUUUAUCACCAUGCAGGCAGAAGAACAGGUGAAACUGGCCAAGGAUAGGAAAAAAGGGGAUAAAAUAGUGACAGACUCGCAGGAGAGGGCAUACUGGCGUGUAUACCGACCACCUCCCGGCUUCACUAACUGCCUGGAGACUGCUCCUGUACCUGACAAGACAAACAUGGCCAACAGGGUGCGCAAGAAAACUAUUGAAGACCUCAAGAAGGAUAAAAAGUUCUUGGAAGCAGCUCUUGAUCGCACCCGCCAGAAAUUGUCGCAAGUGGCAGAAUCUCUCCUUUCCUACAGCGAGAUAUAUUUCGAGUAUGACCCGCUCCUGAACUGCCCCCAGCCCUCCAACCCCUGGCACUCAGACGAGAUCACCUACUGGGUCCUUAACGAUGCCAUUGUGGACGUGCCGACGGAGAAGCGCGUCCGCCGCUGGGGCCUGAGCAUGGAGGAACUCAUCAGUGACGUCAUGGGUCAGACAGAGUUCACGGCGUAUCUGAGGAAGGAAUACUGCCAUGAAAAUAUUCGCUUUGUGGAGGCCGUGCAGCAGCUGAGGUGGGGACCCUCGUCAAACAUGAGCGACAAGGUCAAGAACAUCUACGAGGAGUUCCUAAAGCCUGGAGCGCCAUGCGAAAUAAACAUAGAUGGGAAGACGAUGGAGUUGACGCAGCUCCUCAUGAAAGAGCCCAACCGCUUCACCUACGACCUUGCCUCCGAGCACGUUUAUCUCCUGCUGCUCAAGAAAGACUGCUAUCCACGCUUCCUUCGCUCCGAGCAGUACAAGACUCUGCUAGCCAACGCCAUCCAGCCGUCACAGAAAAAAAGGCCCAACUCCAUGCUGGUCCGCCUCAUGGCUCCCUCCAUGAUGCUGGCCCCAGGCGUUGAUGGUCGCAGCAGUCUGCAGAUCAGGUUCUUCAGCUUUGGUGGUCCGGGGAAAAAGAAAAUCUCAACUCCAGUCGCCCCCAACAACAUCUCGUCACAAGCGCUUCAGCCCCUCAAACGCCACGGCUCGGACGACCAGGCGGUGUCGCAGGCCGGUCUGGGUCCUCACGGCAACACUGGCUCAUUUGGAGAGUCAAGUGGAGGUGUACACUUAGGAGGCCCCACAACUACCAAGCUAGACUGUGAUCUCCCUUAUAGCUGUAGUGAUCAGCAGAGUUCAGCACCGGUGGAGGUGAGCCAGAGCAACACCAUCUGCCCGUGGGACGACAACACUGAAGUCACUGCCACCAACAUCUGCCCGUGGGAAAGCAGUGCUCCCCCGUCCUCCUCCACAGCAAACAUUCCACCCGCAAAGUUGGCAGACCAGAGACUGACAAACCCAAAGUUAAGGCCAGACCGCUCCAAGUCUGUUGAUGUCAGCUCCCUGGGCAAGAGGCAAGGCUCGGUCUCCCAAGCUCCAAGUCUCGGUCCAGUGCCGUCGGAGGGUCAUCCCACGGCUUCGGUUUGUCCAUGGGAAAACCAAGAACUUCCAAAUCGCACAACAGAGAAAUCCAAGUCCAUUGAUGUGGAUGUUUGUCCUUGGGAAACUGAGCCUGAGAAAAAAUCCUCCACCUGCUCAGCUCCCGGGAUCAUGGCGGGAGACUUGCAGGUCACAUGUGUCGGUACAUCCCUGCCGCGGCAGCAGGAACACUCAGACAAGUCUGUCGUGGGAGUUGUUCUGAUCAGUAAGGAGAAGGGGACCAGAGAUAUGUCACGUCCACCAUGUGAAAGGAAAAUUUCUAUCCAAGUUUGUCCAUGGGAAGAAGUGGAAGAAGAAGAUUCUCAAACCUCUGACACUCAUAGUUCAAGCUUUAGUGAAAAGGCACAAAGUGAGUCCAAGGUAGAGCAAGCCACAAAAGUCAAAGAAAAAUAUCUGGCCAUGAACACAAACGCGCCGGUAAAUUGUGGCAGCAACGAAGGCCACUCCAAGCCGGAAAACCUGCCCAUGCAGACUCAGUACGAGGGCCGGCAAGGCGUCAGCAGCGAGGGCACCUCCUCACCAUCAUCCACCUGCUCUUCUUCCAGCUACAGUGACUCCCGCAGGAUUAAAAUUGACUACACAGUAAGGUCCGGCCACCUCCCAGGUCAGUACGGCCUGCCUGUGUCCCCCACCCCAGCGAGCCACAUCUCCCCGGCCAGCCAGCAGAUGCAGCACGGGCAUGCCAGCACCACCCUCAGCAGCGGCAACACCAGCACCACCAGCAGCAACAGCAGCACCGCCGGCACCCACCACAUGCGGGCAGAGUCCCCGCGAGACACGGAUAGACUCCCCCACCCCUCAGAGGAGGGCAGCAAGCCGCCGUCGCCCAGGGUGGCCGCCAACGUGGUGGCGCCGUGGGAAGAAAACCCUGCGCAGAAGGUGACCGACAUCUGCCCGUGGGAGGAUGAGGAAAGCUGUAAGGUUGAUACACCUUUUGUGAAGACAUAUGCAACACUGGGGUACUUGUAGCAACAGCAGCAAGCCGUAGCUGCCACGGCCAGUAGAGGACUCAGGCUGUGUGUCCUGACCAGGCCUUGGGAUGGGGCAAGGGAGAGAAUCCUCUGUAAGUAACUUCCAAGGGGCUGAGGACAGCUGGUUGCCAAGCCUUUGGAUUGCUGUUCUCGAUGAAUUGUUUCGACAGGUCUGGACCCAGAGAGGGAGCAGGAGGGGACAUAAGAGAUGGAAGGGUUUGUCCAGGCUGCGUCUGGCCCAUCACACGUUCUCCUGAGACCGAGUGCCCACAGCUGAGCCCUUGCAAGGCACCACCAGGAGGACAUGUGUCAGCAAAAGGCGAUAGGAAAAGUGCUAGGGAUAUAUGAAGUUUAGGGACCAUGCAGUCCUGUGUGAUGCUUGCACUGGGGAGGAUUAGCAUAAUGCUGUCAAGUUCCUCGUGAGGGGACUGCUAAGCAAGGCACUUCCGAUGUUGUCCACCUCUGUGCUCACUUGGAAUUCAGAUUUAUGCAAAUGUUGACUUAUUUGUUAUCCAGCAAAGAAUUAAAUGCUGCAACACACAGAUGCAAAAGAGCGGAAAUGGCUUGCUAGUAUGAGAGGAUGGGUCAGGCCCCCACGAAGGUGGUCAUCUGAACUGGCUUGCCUCAUGCCCUCCUCCUCGGUGGUUGUCAAGGGUACAAAGUUGGGAAGGAAUGGAUUGUUGAUGGACAAGUGUGUGAGUUUUCUGCUGUAAGCCUGGUAGCAUAACCGAGUGUUCAAGGAAGUGAAUCAGUCAGCUUUUGAAGUACGUGGAAGGCUGAUGCCCAGCGGUACCUCAAUUCCUUGGGAGCUUGGACAGCCAGGCCAUUGGAGAGUGGCCCCAGCCCAGCCUUGGCCAGCACACUCGCCAGCAGUCACGCUAGGCCGGGCAAUGGCAUUUGUGUAGAUCAGUUAUUAAAACAUUUAAGAAAAAUUAAGGUGCCAAGGAGUGUUACUAAGUGUGUAUCAAGAAAAGAAUAAAGAACUCUGAUGUU